CAGGGCGGAGAGGAUGCUCAGAUUCGUCUCGCCAAAGUGCGAAUGGAUGGGUCCUGGAAUGAAAGCCUUCGUUCUAAGAGGUUCAGGCUAUUCUCCGAAACCAGAAGCGCGAGGGCAUCAGAUUGGCUUGGGUUUCUCCAAGUCAGCCCUGUUAGUGUCCUUUGAUGGCAUACCGGAAGACGCCAUGGCGAUCCGCAAGUUCGAUGAUCAAGAUUUGGCACUGGAAGUGAAUCAUCGCAAAUACGAAGUGGGCAAUGGGACCUCCUUGUGGAACCACCUGGGAGUGAGAGCCAAUGCCCUGAAGUUUACCAUGAAUUCGGAUCGAACUCUAUCGCCCUAUGGUCGCCAUUUGGUUCUAGGUGCCAAGCAAGGCACGGCGGAGAUCGUGCUGGUGAAACGUGCUUUGACCAACGACGAAGAUGCGAAGUCCAGGGUGUCGACGGGCGCGAGUCGGCCGGGGUAAGGAGUCUACAAGUGAAGAUGAG